CUCGAUCCCUGUCGGAUGUCGAAAUUUGGGGCUUGAUGGCCUGGGGCUAUCUGGAGAAAUCUGGGGCUAGCUAUUUGCGUCUUGUUUAACGCUACUCCUCGGUCUUGAUUGGCAGCAUAUAUUUUAUCCCCGGUCGCCCGCCCCUCUGCAUGACAACUCUCUUGCAGCCAGAGCGGCAAUAUCGUGCGUGCCCAUCUGGAUCCGGGCUUGCUAUGGGUCGUACAGAGGACCGCACGCGGCCACAGCGAUAGCUCAUCUUUCUCCGGAUCAGUGCUAUUACUGAUAACUGUCGACCAAAGGGAAAAAAAGAUGGGUCGCCGGACUCAUGAUGGGAGAGACCGAAUGAUAUAUAUUUUGAUCGGCAUCCUCAUCUUUGGAUUUUUGCUUCUGGGCCUACUGUUUUUCUACAUGAUUCUCAAAUAUCGGCAGAGGAACCACGAACGUCGACGUCAAGAACUACAGCAGCAGAGGCCUGGUGACCAUGCAAUUCGGGGCGGCGAGGGGGCCACGGCCUUGACGCCUCUGCCCCAAGCAGCAACGCCCGGACAACCAACAUGGCAUGCGAAAGUUAUAAAACUGGAAGAACUGAAUGAUCUAUUUCCCGUAAUUGAGUAUGGGAUGACAAAGCACUGCAGUAUUGUUCAGCCAAAGACUGCAGAUAGUGCACGCCCGGCUGCUGGUGAUUCUAGUGAAGCCAAUAAGACGACCAUCGCCAAGGAUCAACCAGAUCGAGCACGUAAUGGCGUUUCGAAUACGAAUACAGAUUCUGGGUUGUCUGAGAACUUGGUUGAGAGCCAAAGACAAGACGUCGCCAACCCAAAUGACUAUUGUGCGAUCUGCUUGGAUGCCCUUCAGGAAGACAGCAUGGUCAGACGCUUGACCUGCAAUCAUAUGUUCCACUCGACAUGCAUCGACCCUUGGCUCACUGGACGUACUGCGCAAUGUCCAGUUUGCAAGACCGAGAUGAUUUGACGCUUUCGAUGAGAUCGUCUGAGUGUUGCUGUUUCAUCGUGUCCAAAUCAAUCCAGCCGAGAUCCGCAUGUGCUGUCUGGCAAACGCAUCUAGCUGCUAUCUUACCGUUCAUCAUGUGCCACCCGAGCAGGAACGAGAAGCCCUUGUCGUUCCACAGCGUUGGAUCUAACAACCUCGGCUAUAGAUUUUGACUGACAGCUUUGUUUUCGACUUUGCUGAUAAGGCCGUCAAAAAUGGAGCCGGACUGUAUUCUAGAUUGACAGUGAUGAUGAUGACGAUGUCCUAUGGAUUGGGUGGAGCCCGGAGUUCCUCAUUCCUCACGUUUCAGUACUGAUCGCCUGUCUAGCUUUUGACUACUUGGCAUUUGUUUGCCAUUUGAGGGUCAUCCACCACACUUAGCAGCGCACUGAUGGGCUCAUUUCCCUCUACCUCGGAGCCAAGAUUCAUUGCAGUACUGAUGCCGGUGCCGCGCAAAGCUCCUGACAAAGUUCGCGAGAUUGUGCAAAGUUCAUAGAUGCCACCACGACGACCAUGAGCUGACGCACCGGGCACCGGAGCUAUAGUGAUCCCGCGGUGAUAUUGGCCAACAGUAAUUGGUCAUCGAAGGAAAUACAUUAGGUAGUGCCCAGGCAUUUGGAAAUGAAAAGUGUGGAGUUCCGUCGCGUUACGCCCACAAAACAAACGUAUGACUGAAAGCCCUUGAAUGAAGACUAUCAACGAACACCCAUUUCCGACGACAGCCUUUGGGGCCCCUCUUACACUUCGAAGCAGAGACAAUCUCGCAUGUUCGCACGCAUACCCAACGACUAGCAACCUGGUCGAACUUUGAAACGUGUAGAGGACCUUUCACGAGCCAGCCAUUCGUAACAUGGCCAUUGAAUUCCGAAUUCUAAUGAUUCGGGCGUACUGUUGAUUGUUCUUUCUUCUCCACGUUUUUUUUCUUUUUUUUUUUUUGGCAAAUGCAUGCAGUCUCGAGCACAAGAAUGGCGUAAAAAAAAAAAAAAAAAAAAAAAAAAAAAGAAAAAGGGC